GGCCGGGGCCGGGGCCGGGGCCGCGGGAUGUCGUCGGCGCUGGAGCGGCCGCAGGUGGUGGCGCACGCGCAGCAGCCGCUGCAGUACACCCUGUUCGACUGCAAGUGGGUGCCGCGCAGCGCGCGCCUGCUGUGCCUGGGCAGCGCCGCGCGCGGCACCGGCCUCCUGCAGCUGUACGAGCUGCGCGCCGGCCGCCUCGCGCUGCUCCGCCAGAUUGAAAAGGCUAAACCUAUAAAAUGUGGAACUUUCGGUGCCAGCUCUCUGCAGCAAAGGUACUUGGCCACGGGAGACUUUGGUGGAAGCCUUAACAUAUGGAAUUUAGAAGCUCCUGAAAUACCAGUCUAUUCUGUGAAAGGUCAUAAGGAAAUCAUAAACAGUAUAGAUGGUGUAGGUGGCUUAGGAAUUGGGGAAGGUGCACCAGAAAUUGUGACUGGCAGUCGAGAUGGAACCGUGAAGGUGUGGGACCCGAGGCAGAAGGAAACGCCUGUAGCCAACAUGGAACCUGUGCAGGGGGAGAGCAAAAGAGACUGCUGGACAGUGGCAUUUGGCAAUGCUUACAAUCAAGAGGAACGUGUUGUAUGUGCUGGAUAUGACAAUGGGGACAUUAAACUGUUUGACUUAAAAACCAUGUCACUGCGAUGGGAGACCAACAUUAAGAAUGGAGUUUGCAGCGUGGAGUUUGACAGGAAAGAUGUCAAUAUGAACAAGCUGGUGGCCACGUCGCUUGAUGGGAAAUUCCAUGUUUUCGAUAUGAGAACUCAACAUCCAACCAAAGGUUUUGCUUCUGUGUCUGAGAAGGCACAGAAAUCUACCAUAUGGCAGGUUCGGCACCUGCCACAGAACAGAGACAUAUUUAUGACGAGCGGAGGAGCUGGGAGCCUUCACCUCUGGAAAUACGAGUACCCAGCUCAGCGCUCGAAGAAGGACUCGGAAGGAGCUGAGAUGGGGGUGGCAGGUUCUGUCAGUCUCUUGCAGAACGUGACCCUGUCAACGCAGCCGAUCUCUAGCCUAGACUGGAGCCCUGACAAAAAGGGCCUGUGUGUUUGUGGUGCCUUUGACCAGACUGUCAGGGUGCUGAUAGUUACGAAGCUUAACAAAGUCUGACAGGAAACCUCAAAUUCCUGAUGAGAAAGCAGGAUCUUUGGCAGUCUGUAAAUACAGGAGGGGGAGCCCUCCCAUUUCUAAUUUAAUUUCUUUCUUGUUAAAACUGGAUUAAAGAAAUAGAAACCAGAUCUUUCUAUAGAAAGUUCAGAUAGGUGCAGUUAUUAGGCUGAUUGUGCCGCGGUGGCUUGAAGUUGCCCCGGCACAAAACUUUUGACCUUCUAGAAAUGUGAAUUUCCAUUUAGAAGAAGAUGUGCCUUUGUGUUAGUGCAACCUGUAAUUUCAGAAAUCACUUGAAAUUGUUUGUGACCAGUUUAAUCUCAGUGCAAAUCCGUUCACACGUGUUCAAUGGCUUGGCUUUUUUGUGUGUAGCGUUGUCUGUUGGCAUUCAUGCAAUGGAAACUACUACAUACUCCCUCACAAAAACUCUUUGUGUUAUUGGAUAUAUUAAUGAGGACGUUUGUUAAAAUGACUUAGGAUUCUUUAAUAUACUAUAGAAACUGUAAUGAGUGCUGAAAUAUUCAGGUUUAAUGGAGUAAGCUUCAAUUGAAGAUCACACCGAAGAGAAACUGUCGAGCGAAAUGCACUGGUUUAAUACUUUAGUUUGGUUUCCUAACAAGUUUUCAUGUUCUGUUGGUUUUAUAUCUGUUUGCAAAGAAAUAAAAUUAUAUGGAGUGUCACCUGAAUAGAAACAAAGUAUGUUAUUCAAACAGCCAGAGAUUUAGGUAAGGAGUGUACCUGUAGGUUUACAAGACCAGUGUGCAAUACUUAGCUAAAACUUAACU